AUGAGAAGAAACAACAAUAGAACAUAAAAUAAUAUGAGAGUGGUCUCAUUUUAGAGUGUGUUCUCUGAAACUCUUCCUAGCACAUCAGUAUUUUGGUAACCAGAUACUAGUCCUAGAGAAUCAUAAUUAACUAUAUUAUAAGGUUAACUUUUAUUUAAAAAUGAAAAUGACUCUUGGGAGAAUUAUUUAUUCGAACUCUAACCUGAUCGAAUGUUUCGUUUUAUUGGAGAUCAGACUGAUUGUUGUUAUUUAAGGGGUUGUUUUUUGAAAAAGUUUAAUCAUUAUGAUGCAUAAUAUCCUUCUUAUAAAUAUGGAUUUAGAUUAUAAAUGGGAUAAUAUUUAGCAUUUUUUGUGACCGAUAUAUUAGAUUAAUUUAAAAAAUGGUUUAUGAUGUUAAAGAGAUUUUGUAUACUAGAAAAAUUUACAAGGAAAUAUAGAGUGAUAGCAUAAUUAAGAUAUAAUGAUCCUAUAUUUUAAUAAGUUUGCUUUAAUUGUGUUAGAUUAUCUGAUGCAUAAUAUUAUUUAGUUAAAAUUAUAAACAAAGAAAUGUCACAAUAAUAGAAGAAUAUGAUGUUCAAAGAAUUAAUGCAUUUAAGAAGAUUGAAGUACCAAUAAUCUGUAAUGCUAGCCAUCCUUAAUUGAUGAGGCUGAUUGAAAUAUAUGAAGAUGAAAUGAAUAUAUACUAAGUAUUCGAUCCAUAUAUGGGUGGAGAUUUAAGAUAGCAUUUGAGAGAAACCCAAUUAGCAUAAGAAGUAGGUGGUUAAGUGGAAGAAAAAGUAUUAGCAGAUAUGAUGUAUGGAUUGAUAGGAGCAAUAACACAUAUGCAUUAAAGAGGAGUAUUUCAUAGAGAUAUAAAAUUGGAGAAUUUAUUUGUACCAGAAAAUAAAAGAUUACCAUUUGUUUUAUUAUCAAAUUUUUGUUAUUCAGAAUCAUUUAAAUUAAUGGGUUAAAAUUAAGGAAGUUAUAAAAAAUGUGGUACACCAGGUUAUGUUGCUCCUGAAAUUUUUAGAUCUAGAAAUUAUGAUUAAAAAAUAGAUGUAUUUAGUCUUGGAAUAGUAUUUUACAUUUUAGUAUUUGGAAAGAUGCCAUUUGAAGGAUAAGAUUAAGAUGAAAUUUUAAGAGCAAAUGAAAAAUGUGAAAUAGAUUUUAAAGCUGAAAAAAGAUUAUGUAAGAAUUUAUCAUAAUCUGGAAUGGAUAUGAUGAAAAAAAUGUUAAAUAAAGAACCUACUUAAAGAUUUACAUCUGCUUAAUGUUUAAAUCAUCAUUGGUUCAUAAAAAUGAAAUGCAAAGAUGAAACUAAACCAAGGAAUUAAUUUUAAUAAUAAAGAAGUCUCUCAACAAUUAUUGAAAAUUCUGAAAUGGAAUUAACAUAAAGGUAUUUAUUUUAUUUAUUUAAUAUAGUUUCAUUCGUCCUUUUAAAGAAUCAAGUUAAUAUAUGCAAUCUAAAAAGAAUCUUCCAACUUAAGUUGUAAGAAAAAACUAAUAAAAAUAAGACACAAUUGAAAAAAUAGAUAAAGAAUUUAUUUAUGAUACUUUAGAAGGAAAAAUGAAUUAUAUUAAUUAAGAGACUUUUGUGAAAGCACCAUCAAAGAUUAAUCAUCAUUGA